ACGACUCGCAACGGUAGUGAAAACGCGUAUCGCAUUUUUUUUUUGCUCCCGAAAAAGGAAAAAAAAGAAAGUUAUACACACGGAAAAAUUGCAAGCAUUCAAGCAGCAAUUCCAUUCAGUGAAUCGCCGCCGCAGCAAGUCGCGAGUUUGCGAGUUGCGAGUCUCACACAAAACUGUAGUUAAAAGUCGUUGUUGAAGUUGGACGCGCGUAGAGAAAAUUGAAUAAAAUUCGAAUCGACAACAAAAUUAAUAUAAAUAUGCAACGCUAGCCGCUUAAGCAGCAGCAGCAGCAGCAACAACAAAAAAGCUCAAAAACUGUUGAAUAUAGAAUGACGUUGCAGACAAAAAUCAAUGUAAAACAUAAAGCGAUAACAGCAGCAGCAGCAGCAGCAGCAACAACUGUAACACUAACAGCAACAACAGCAGAAACAGCAACAGCAACAGCGACAGCAAUAACAAAAGGAACAGUUACAGCAAGUGCAAGUCUGUGUCACACAUACACACAAACAGACAGGCAGGCAGCAGACAGACAGUCAUAAACAUACACACACUCACGCACACGCACGCACGGCGAGUAAAGCACGCACACUGUACUGCAAAAGAGAGUGAGUGAGCAGGCGAGAGAGAAAGAGAGGAGAACUGUGCUUACGAAAAAGGAAGACGGAAACCAUCAGCAAGAAGGAAUUGUCAAAGCGCCAGCAGCAAAUAUCCAACUGCAAAAGUGAAAGCAAACCAAACAAAACAACAAAAGCAAUAAACAACAGCAGCAGCAGCAACAACAACAACAGCAACAACGACAGCGACAACUGCAAAAGGAGCAGCUUGAGCAAGGAGAGCAAGGAGAGCAGCAAGAGCGCACAAAUUGUGAACAUAUUAAGAGUUAAACACACACAUUCACACACUAUUGUUGCCAUUCACAAUGAAGCCAUCGGAUUUGCUGUUGGUGUUGGAAAAGGUCAAGUUCAGGGUGCCAUUGCCACCGGGUGUCAGCUCCACAACGCUCUUGCCGAAGCUCAUACGCACCAAGGAUGUGAAGCAGCUGCAGGAUGGCAACGCACAGCCCACAAAGCCCAAGCUAACGAAAUGUCUCAAUACCCUCGAUCUAACCUCAUUGGGCAUCGGCUCCUGCUGCGGCACCGGCAUGUAUCUCGUAGCCGGCAUGGUGGCUCAAAGGAUGGCUGGACCUGGUGUGAUUAUUAGUUUUAUUAUAGCGGCGAUCGCGAGUAUAUUCUCAGGCGCUUGCUAUGCGGAAUUUGGCGUUCGUGUGCCACACACAUCCGGCUCGGCCUAUAUGUAUUCAUAUGUGGCAGUUGGAGAAUUUGUAGCUUUUAUAAUUGGUUGGAACAUGAUAUUGGAAUAUCUAAUAGGAACAAGUGCCUGUGCCUGUGCGUUAAGUUCAAGUUUUGAUUCGUUGACUGGCAAUGCGAUUGCGAACGCGAUGAGCGAGUCAAUUGGCACGAUAUUCGGCAAACCACCUGAUUUUAUUGCCUUUGGUAUAACGCUCAUCAUGACCUGCGUAUUGGCGAUGGGCGCCAGCAAAUCAGUUAUUUUUAAUCACACUCUAAAUGCCAUCAACCUGGCGACGUGGGUGUUUGUUAUGGCCGCUGGUUUCUUCUAUGUCGACACUAAAACGUGGUCGGAGCAUCAAGGAUUUCUGCCCUACGGUUGGAGUGGUGUCUUCUCGGGCGCUGCCACAUGUUUCUAUGCAUUUAUUGGUUUCGAUAUUAUCGCAACCACCGGCGAGGAGGCGCACAAUCCACAGAAGAGCAUACCGAAGGCCAUUGUUGGCUCCCUCAUUGUUGUUCUUAUUGCCUAUGUCACCGUUAGUCUAGUCCUUACUUUAGUCGUGCCGUAUGAUCAUAUUAAUGUGGGCGCAGCCCUUGUGCAGAUGUGGUCCUAUGUGAACGCGCCCAAGUGCCGAGCUGUGGUCGCGAUUGGAGCCACAGCUGGACUCUCGGUGGCCAUGUUCGGCUCGAUGUUCCCCAUGCCCCGUGUCAUCUAUGCGAUGGCUCAGGAUGGCUUGAUCUUCAGACAACUUUCGCAUCUGUGGCAACGCACAAAUGUCCCAGGGCUGGCAACAAUUGGCAGCGGUUUAGCUGCAGCCCUCGUCGCGCUCACUGUGCGCCUGGACAUUCUCGUCGAGAUGAUGUCGAUUGGCACACUGCUCGCCUACACUCUUGUGUCCACCUGUGUGCUCGUCCUACGCUAUCAGCCGCACAGCACUUCACUGGUGGAGCUGCUCCCGGCACAGCUGCGAACUCCGCUGGCACCGGGGACCGCGACCAGUGAUCCGCAUUCACGACCCUCGGAGGUGCUGGAGCCGAACAAGUUGACGAUUAAGCGGGUGACGCGAGGCAUGUCCGAUUCGGAUGAUUCGUUCAUUGACGACAGUCCGGAGGGUUACCUAGGGGGACGGGACGAUCAGUUUCUGGUGUCGGAUCGCUCGGAGAAUAAGUUCUAUGGCAGUGUGCAUGGGGCACCCACUGGACCGACUGGACAGGCGACGGCCUUUGAUACGAUGGGAUUGAAUUUUAUCACACGAAAGAUCCAUAGCUAUGCGUACCUGUGUCCUGGCUUCUUUCCCUGGAUCAAUCCCGGUCAGGCGACUUCUGAAAGUGGCAUGUAUGUCACGAAACUAGUUGGAAUCAUGUUCGGUCUCAUAUUCUUCUUGGAUUUGUUCGCUGCCAUCGGCUGGUCCGGCGGGCUCGCCGUAUUCAUUUACAUCAUUUUAUUUAUCGGCAUAUUUGUGAUAUUAUUGAUUAUAUCGAGACAACCACAGAAUAGAUAUGCACUUGCGUUUCUUACGCCAGGACUUCCAUUUAUUCCGGCUAUUGCAAUAACUGUUAACAUUUAUUUAAUAUUUAAGCUAAGCAUACUGACCCUAAUUAGGUUCACCGUCUGGAUGUCCAUCGGCUUCAUCAUGUACUUCUACUACGGCAUCACGCACAGCAGUCUCGAGCAGACCAGCGAUGAACUCGAGCUUCAUGUCGACAAGGAUUAUAGCAAAAACGUUGAUGAGAAGGCCGUUUGGGAUCAGCAAUCGUAUAAUCAGACGCAUGAACCGGUCUGGGCCAGCAAGGAGGUCAAGCAGCCAACAAAGCAACGCUAUAGCUAUACAAAGUCAACAACAUCGACGGCCGGAUCAAGGAAUGCAACCGCAACUGCAGGUGCUGGGAACAAGUCCGGUAAGUCAUCGGAAGGUGAUGCGAGAGCAACGCCACCAGCUGGAGCAGCUGGUCGUGGCACGACAGCCAGCAAUUCAUCCGGUCGCACACUGGAGCAUCAGUAUACCGGACAGUUUAGCAUGUUUGUCGACGAGGGACAGUUCCCCACGUGGGAUGACUAAGCACUUCGAUAUGCCGCCGCCUCACUCCUCACUCCUGACGCCUGACGAGUAUUCCCUACACAGACCACCACAAUUUGCACCCAGCAAAAUACUCGUUUACUAUGUUAUUAGCACUAUGUUGGCUCGGUACGGCAGCGACCUCCCGAUGUACUACAGCGACCUCCUGAUAUACUGCAGCGAAACCGAUAACAGAAAGAGAGAGAGCGCAGAGCCGAACUCGGAGUCAACUUAACGCCAUUCAAGUCAAGUCAAGCUAAGUCUAUAUCUACUCUACCGACCUUACCGACCUUACCUGCCCAUCAAGCUACCUAACUACAAUAUGCAUAUAGAUCUGGCAAACCAAUACCUGUAAAUAUGAUUAGACUUAUUAAGUUUAACGAUAUAACUUAUAUACUUAUAUAUAUAUACGAUAUAUACAAGCGUUACGUACAGUGGGGCCUCAGCCCAGGAGGUUUUUUUCGAUUUCCACUUGCCAUUUCCAUAGAGUAGUUGAGGUUCCACUGUACAAAUUCAUACAUAUGACCUACAUAUACAUAUACAAUAUAUAACUAUACAAAUAUCCCACACACACUCACACAUAUCCAUAUAUAUAUACAUAUAUAUUGAUUAUUAUUAGAUAAAUAUGCAAAGUAAUAGUUAAAAUCAAGUUGAUAUAAGCAACUGCUUCGAUUCGAUUGACAAUCCUUGUGUUUGGGUUGCUUGCUGAUUGACAUUGAGAUUGAGGUUAGGAUUUGUUUCUUUCACGUUCUUUUUUUCCGUUUUCCCCUUUGGGGUUGGGUUGCCAAUCGAAGCAGAAGCAAAAGCUGUAAAAGAUACGAAGCAAGCACAACACACAGAUAUUUUUGAGAUUAUUAAGCACGAAAUUGACAAAAUAGUGUGACCGUAUUUUAAGUGCUCUAAAUUCACUCUGCAGUCACAACUCAGUCUGUGUCUGACUCUGUUUCUCUGUGUGUGUUUGUGUGUGUGUGUGUGCUUUGGGGAGUGUGUGUUUACUGUACAGCACGUAGAUAUUCGAAUGCACACACACGCACUCUCCUGCUCACACACACACACACCCACACACACAUGCAGGCAGAAGAGGUACACAGAGAGACAACAGCAGAGGUGUAGUUAGUUGUAUUUGUGGAUAUUUGUAGGAAAGUCCCAAAACUAAAGAAGAGAAGAAUGAUAAGCUUCCAAAGGAAUGAUUAAAAAGAGUCUCUUCGAAAGCGAGAGAGAGAGAGAUAGAGAGAGAACUACGUUCUCAAGUAGAUAAUCCUUUUUGGGGCCUUCGUAUGAACACCCACACAAUCAAAUCCACUUUGACACACACAACACAGAAACACCGUUAAAGAAAAACAAUCUGCAAUAUGGAAUCUGGAUUCUCGAUUCUCGAAUCUUUACUCGUACUUGUAUUAUCACAUCAAUCAAUCAAUCCUAUGUAAUUAUAUUUAUGAUUAUUGACUUUGCCAUUACCAGUUAUUGUUGCUAUGCCCCAUUUAUAUACCUUAUACAUACAUAUAUCGUUACGGUUACCACGGUAUUAACGGUACCCGAGUACUCGAGUACCCGAGUACUUUAUACUUAUUCGAAAUGUGUUAUUCUUUCUACUCUCUAGAAGCUCGCGCUAAACUCAUUUUUAAGCGGUAUUCGGUAUUCGAUAUUUGUUGUAAUUCAAUAAUUAACUUUAACUUUACUUAACAAAAACCAAAAACUACCCAACAAAAAACCAAAAAAAUAAUGAAAAAAAAGGAAAUGCGAAAAAUUUACCAUAUUUACUAAUCGAAUCGAAUACUAUUCAAAAAAAAGUCAAACAAGUUUAUGUAAAGAAAAUGAAAAAAUAAUACGCAAGCAAAAUACUUAUGUAAAAAUUAAUAACAAAAGGAAAAAAAAAAAGAAAAAUACUCUAAUGUUUAUAUACAAAGCGUACCCUUUUCCACUUUAUAUGCUACGAAAAGCGAAAACCAAUAACAAAUUCUUAACUAUUGUAUUUAUGAGUAAUACGAUUUAUAAUGUAACUUUAAUACCUUACUCUUAUUCAUAUCAUUAUGUCUUAUGGUUCGUGGCUAUUAUCGUUUACGUUUUGCGUAUUUUUCAUUCCAAGCAAAGACACAACUGUACAUACACGCACACACACUCACACACACACAUACACACACAAACAUACGCACUGACAGAACGAAAAGUAGGGUUAGAAACGGCCAAGAAGAAGAAGAAUCAGAUGAAGACUAGUAGAAAUACUAAAGAUUGAAAGAAACCCAAAAACAUACUCAAAAGAAAAAGAUAUCAAAUAAUGACUCGACUUCACUUUACACUUUAUUCGAUAAUAUGUUACUUAUAAGAAUUGCUAUCAUUUCAUUUUCACGGUCUGAAUGUGUACAUAUCAAUUUAAGUAUAUCUUAAGUCGCAACUGUCCGAAUUUGUAUUGUAUUGUUUUAUUUUAUUAUCCUUCGACUCGAUUCAUUUAGUAUUCAAUCGCCCCGCCCGUCCCCAAAAUCACUUUGAGUGCCAAAUGCACCCACAACAACUACAACAAAAACUAAAAUGGAGACUAUCUAUCAAUGCUCGUAGAACCGAUGAUAUGUUGGGUACAUGCAAAUAUAUAUACAUACAUAUAUAUUCGUAUACUCGUAGCAUCCAAAACAAAUAUAUAUUUUUAUGAAAACGAGGAACAAACAAACAUGAUUAGAAUGCAACCAGAAUGACUUCUUAAAUGAUAAACUCGAACAAAACCAAGAGAGAAAAUAAAACUAAACUAAUUAACGAUAAACGAUAAACGAUAAAAACAUAUCCUAAGUCGCAGCAGUUGAAAGUUGUUUUACCGCCAUCAUAUGUACAACAUAUGCACCAACUAUGCAACUAACUAACUAGCUAAACUAGCAAACCAGAGUUUGCUCUUCCACCUUUCGGUUCUUUCGAUACCACCAAUUGAAGCUAACAUAUGUGUAUGAAAUACUUAAUAUAACAAAUAGAUUAUCAUAGAUUUUCUACAGUUCCAAAAACGAAAAAGAAGAAGAGUAACUAAACGAAAUAGAAACCAGAAGAAAUAUGAAACAUGCUUCCGUUAACAAAACUUGUGCAUUUUUUAAUAGUUUCAAGAAACAACAAUGAAAAAUAAAUGUUCAAUCAUAAUAAAUGAGGAAGAAUUCAUACAUACCACAUCGUAAUAUGCUCAUACCUACUCGUAACAAGACUCACAGUGCCCUCGUAACAUUUGAGAACAUUUGAGAACUACUCUGAUUGAGCACACACAAAUAGAUGAUCACACACAUUUGAUUGAUAGAUUGAAACUUAACUUAACCAAGUCCAAUGCAAUAAAUAUGUAGUUGAUUAAAAUGACAAAAGAUGACAAAUUAGCAAUACCCAGCUAGAGACAACUGAGGAGAUCGCCUAUGACGAGAUAGGUUGAUGAUUGACUGAUUGAUCGUUUGAUUGAUGCAGUUUACCAGCAAUUUGAAAUCACAUUCGCACACACAAACACACACACGUACAUACAUGAAGUACCUUAGUUUUGAUUUAUUUAAUAAGACUGAAUUUCUGCAUAUGAUUUAUUCGAAAACGUUUAUGAUUGAUGUAAAUAUAUUGAUAACAUUGCAAGCAUAUACAACAAACAAACAUAUUACGAUAUACAUACAUAAAGUUUUAAUUAUUUUUAUGUAUAUAUACAUACUUAGCAAAUCUUUACAACUUUAACUAAUAAAGCAUCAAAAUUUUACGAUAUUCUCAACUCAUCUAAAAUGAAAAUGAAAAAAAAAAACCCAAAACCAAAACCAAAAAUGAAAUGAAAACCAAAGACAA